UCCCUAUCUCCCAUUCAUCUUCCUCCAUAGCUCCACCGCCUAUAGUUCCAGUUCCAGUUCCACCAACUAUAGCUCUAGUGCCACCACCUAGUCCAGUUCCACCAACUAUAGCUCCAGUGCCACCACCUAGUCCAGUUCAACCUUCUACAGCUCCACCACUCCUAACUUAUCAUUGUCGUCCGCCUCCAGCAUCAGGCCCAACUGAUUCACGUCCUGCACCUAACCCUGCUAAUAUUGCGAACUUACCUCCUCUUAAUCAACCGAUUGUACUACGAAAAGUGUUCCAUAAGAGAACUAAACACAUCGAGAUUGACUCUCACUUUGUUAGAGAAAAGAUACUCUCGGGAGAUAUUGCUACAAAAUUUGUGAAGUCGAACGAUCAGCUUGCUGAUAUUUUCACCAAUCUAUCAACACCAGAUCAAGAUCCUGCAAGUCAUUUUUCAAGUUUUGAACAUUCUGGUGCUGUGAAGUUAGGUGAUCCAGAGCAUUCGCCAUGUAUUAGGAGGGGAUCGGCUGGUGUUAUUGGGUCUAUGAUGCUUUUGAAAUCUUACCAGAACAUGCAUGCUCCAUUUACACAGGAUUCACCACUGAUGACUGAAGACAUGCAUGAAGAACGUCUACAAGCUAUUGAGGCCCUUGGUGAUUCUUCUAGAUUUUCCGCCCAACUAGAGAAAGACAUUUUGUCAUCAGAUAUGUCUGCAUUUAAAGCAGCAAAUCCAGAUGCUGUGUUUGAAGAUUUCAUCCGCUGGCAUUCACCCAGGGACUGGGAAAAUGAUGAUAAUAUGGAGAAGGGAGUAUCUCAAAUUAAUGCAGUGGUAGAGUCAACAUAUGAUUGGCCACCUCGUGGAAAACUAUCGGAAAGAAUGUCUGAGCAUGGGAAUUUAUGGAGAAAGAUAUGGAACGAGGCACCUCCAUUGUCAGCUUCUGAGCAGAAGCCCCUUCUGGAUCCAAAUCAAGAAGGAGAAAAGGUUCUUCAUUAUUUGGAAACACUGCGGCCAUAUCAGUUGUUGGAACAAAUGGUUUCUACUGCUUUUAGAGCAACAGCUGACACACUAAAUAAAACGUCAUUUGGAGGUCUAAAGCAGAUGACCACCAGAAUUGAACAACUUUACCUCACCAUGUCAACGACUCUCAGAUGCUUGCAAACAAAUAGCAUUUCUGUUGAUGCUGAAGAUAUUAAAGACCUGAAGCGGCUCUGUACAACUUUUGCACAUGUCGAGAAUUUGAUAACACUUGCUGCAUCUCUUCAUCGCAAGUUCAUGCAAGCACCACGUCUAUCAGAAUCAAUCUUCAAUGACUACGAUAACUUCCAUGUACCAAAACUUGGAACAGUCUCAAUUGGUCGUGAUGUGCAAAAGGUUUUCAAUAAUGAACAAGAAGUUAGGCAAGGAGAGAGAGAAGUAAUUGCAAGCAUGUUCACCCCUCCUACUGCAAAUCAAUUAUGGAGGAAAGUAUUAAGCAUGGGAAAUCUUCUCAAUGGCCAUGAACCAGCGUCGAGAGAGAUCAUAUUUACCAAACGUGAUCACCUUUGCGAAAAUUACUAUGUUGGUCAUGCUCCGAGGGGUUAUCAACAAGAAUUUGAAACAUACAGAAUGUACAUAUGCGGAACCUCAAAUGAUCUGGGUGUGGCACUAGCAGUUACCUCUUGUGACUAGUUUUGUCAUCACAGGACUAAGGUAAAUUUAUUGUCAUUUCUCUUGGUAGUACAUAUCUGUCCGUUCUUUUAUUCGUGUUCCAUUGAUAUGCCAUGCGUUUGAAUUUUCUAAUUUGUUUGAGUAGGCUCUUGAUUAUCACAUCUUUUCACCCUUUCCUUAUUAACCUAAGGAGUUUUUUCUUUUUUCUUUUUGCCGUGUCGUUUUUCUUCAAUUUUCUAGCAAAUGGCAUGUCGCAAUAAGUUACCAUUCUAUUUUUUUUUCAGUUCACAGUGACUACUAUGCAAAGGGUUCUUUAUACAAAUAGUCGGUCGGAUUCACUUU